GCGGUGAGGUUAGCAAUCGUCUGCAGCGCACUUUGAGUGAAACCUCGGGGAGUGAGGAAACGAAGAGUGUUUUCUUUGUAGCGUUUAGUUUUCAUUCAAAAUGAGUUUAAAAUUACCCUUGCUUUUCUUGUGCGUCGUAUUACACAUCGGGAAUGCUGCGGAAUAUCCGCAGGAUGAUGAUGAUAGUAAACAUCUUGACUGGGAGGACUCUCCCAAACUGGAAAAGGAUUCUGGUGAAACUGGAAACGGGUUGGCGACUGCUGAAAUAUCGCCGGUGGUAAAAGAGCUUGACUUCCCCCUGUUGCGUCCAUUGGCCGGGGAGCCCGCAGAGCCGGUGAGGAGCGAAGAAACGCCGGGUAAUGCUCAACGAAUGCGGCUGCGAUCUCUAGACUUUCCGAAAGCGGGAGCGGGGCGUUUGGGAAACGUGUCCAGUCACAACAGCAGCCGUGGAGACGGCUUCAGGUUAUUCGGCAGACCGACUCACGCCCCGACCCAAGUCAUUAGACACCGGCUCUUUACUCCAGACCGCUACCACAGAAAGGGUUUGUGGAUACCAGAUAUCGGUUUCCCGAACCGACACCGACCAACACCGGCCUCGGCUUGGAGAGUGUUCGGGAACCAGCGCCCGCAAGACCGCGGGGAGAUAAUUCGAGACCCGGUUGGGACCGGGCUGGGUCGGUUUAAGGGGCGGGUUCCUCAAGGGGCGUCUUCCAAAGCUAUCAUUAGCUACAAAAUAGUGCGGGGGUCGAGCCCGGACCCCUUCCAGUCCGUGUCUAUCAAGUGCGGCGACCAGAAGCUACGAGUGGAGGUCAAUAAGGACUUUUUCGGAACCGGUACCCAGCUCCAGGCCUCCGAAGUCAGUCUUGGCAGCGGCUGUCCCAGCAACGGCGUUGAAUCCGCAUCCUCCAACACCAUCAUCUUCGAGUAUGACCUGCAUGCGUGUGGAAGCAAGCGCACGAUUACAGAUCCGGAGCUUAUCUACUCCAACACCAUUUACUAUCGGCCCGCCCCCGGGAGCUCGCUCACUCAGCCGCAGUCGGUCAAUGUGGAGUGCCGCUAUAUCCGAUCGCAGACCAUCUCCAGCAACAAAGUCCAGCCCACUUGGAUUCCGAUGGUCUCCACUCGCUCCUUCAAGAACAAGUUUGCCUUUUCUUUCAGAGUGAUGAACGCUGACUGGAGCGCCGGGUCCGAGUCGAGUGACUUUCGUCUGGGGGAAUCCAUCAACUUCCAGGCGUCUGUCGACCUGCGGAAUCACCAGGGCCUCAAAAUCUACAUCGACCGCUGCGUCGCGACCACCAGCAGCAACGCCAGCUCUGAGCCCAACUACGACAUCAUCCGGGACUACGGGUGUCUGGUUGACAGUCUUGCGGAGGGUUCCCCGUCCCGCUUCAUCUCUCCCAGGUCCAGCGAGGUUCUGAGAUUCCAGAUGAAAGCAUUCCAGUUUGAGAGUAUCCCUGAAGCUCAGAUUUACAUCCAUUGUCUACUCCGAGUUUCUGAAGACUCCGACUCUAAGGAAACUUUGAAAAGCUGCACUUACGACACAGAAACCGAAUCGUGGACAGAGCUGGAGGGCAGGGAGUCUCUGUGUGACUGCUGUGAGACGGAGUGUGUGCCUUCAUCACAGACCAAGAGAUCAGCCACUCUGCUGCCAAGUACUCUGCAGAAGAGUGACAUCACCAUUGGACCCCUCAGAGUCCUCGAUCCUGCCUCCAGCCCCUCCUCGGUGAGCUUCAGCAGCAGCAGGGAGAUCAGCAACCAGACUCUAUGGAGACGUAUUCGCGAACAACUGGAAGGGGCCUCUGAGAUGGAAGUGGCUCAGUUGUUUGCCACGGUCGCCGCGGCUGUCUGUGCCUUCUGCAUCCUGCUGGGAAUUCUGUGCCUGUGUCGACGCUUCUCUCUGAAAUCGAAACCCGACUCCUCCGAGAAUAAACUGUGUCGAAAAUAAAAUGACUGAAAACAA